CCCGGCGUGCGCUCGGCAUAAUUCAGCCCAGUUCAAUGCGUGCGUCGUGCCACUCGUGCCACCGUUCCGCGCGAUCGUUCUCCCCGAGUCUCGUGUUCCAACGGAGAGACACAGCUAUCAAAUUACCCUGACGAGAUGAUAGACUUUCGCACUAAUCCGGGAAAGACGGACGUCGACAAUGGAAGGUACAGCAACACCAACAUACCGGUCACAUCGCAACAAGGUUUAGCAUCGCUCAGUCCGUAUUUGAAUUUCGACCCGUCGUACCUUCCCGUCACUCAGCCGGAGUUUAUAUUUCCUGACGGUGCUGUGAAGCAGAGGGGCCGCUUCGAGUUGGCUUUCAGUCAAAUUGGAGCCGCGUGCAUAGCGGGCGCGGGGGUCGGUGGUGCGUCAGGUCUGUACAGAGGCAUCAAGGCGACGUCAAUCGCCGGCGAGACUGGAAAACUCAGGAGAACACAAUUGAUCAAUCAUGUUAUGAAGGGUGGCGCCAGCAUGGCGAAUUCACUCGGAGUGAUAAUGAUAAUGUACACCUGCGCUGGAAUAGGUCUGACUUGGCUUAGAGGAACCGACGACAGUUUGAAUACAGUAGCUGCAGCUGCCACAAGUGCUGCGGUGUUCAGAUCGCCUGCCGGUAUCAGGAAAGCCGGUAUUGCAGGCGCAAUUGCAGCAGGGGUUGCAGUGAUGUACUGUGCCUGGAAUAAUGGAGGCUUUUCGUUGCAGCAUCGUGUGAAUGGAUGGAAACAUGCGGCAUUGAUAUAACAAAUUGACAUCCGUACUGUAAAAGAGAUCUCCGAUGCGUUUUCAUAUUCUCAUGUUACCUUGUACAUAGAAUAACUUACCGUACGACACAAAUAAAUUAUUAAAGGGAUGUUAGAACAAAUAAAUUAUUAAAACAAUCAA